AGUGAUCGCAUCGCAGCCAAACUUCUACGCGCCUACUGUACAAUAUAUGUAACCUAUCCUUGCUUUCGAGUAACCGCGCCAUCUCAUCACCCACCACCCGACCUACCAACGCUAGCUAGUAUCCAGUAAUCGCUCGAUCACCUGCUGGCUGCCAUGGCGGCGGCGAGGAGCCACGAGCACGAGGGGGCGGCGGUGACGUGCGUGGACUUCUGGUGCAACGAGUUCGGGAUGCGAGCGCGGAUCGCGCUGCGGGAGAAGGGGGUCCCCUUCGCCUUCGUCGAGGAGGACCUCCGCGUCCGGGAGCGGAGCGACCUCGUGCGCCGCAUGAACCCGGUCCACCGCUCCAUCCCCAUCCUCAUCCACGGCGGGCGCCCGGUCUGCGGCUCCCUCAACAUCGUCGAGUACGUCGACGAGGUCUGGAGCGACCAAACCCGCCGCCGCCUGCUCCCCGCCGACCCGCUCGAGCGGGCGCGCGCGCGGUUCUGGGCGGACUUCGUGGACCGGGAGGUGUACGGCGCGCAGACGAGGUUCUUCACGAGCCGCGGCGAGGCGGCGAAGGCCGCGGCGGCGGCGGAGCUCCUGAGGCACCUUCGGCGGCUGGAGGCGGUGCUCGGGGACCGGGCAUUCUUCGGCGGCGAGGAGCUCGGGUUCCUGGACGUCGCGCUGGUGCCGUUCUCGGCCAUGUUCCACGGGUACGAGCGGCACGGCGGGGUGGACGUGGCGGCGGAGUGCCCCGCGCUGGCGCGGUGGGUGGGGAGGUGCGCCGAGAGGGAGAGCGUGCGCGGCGUGCUCCCCUCGGGCCACGACAUGUACGAGAUACACAGGGAGUUUUACGAUAUUGAGUGAACCCACAAUAAUGUUGUGUGUGAGCUUUGGCACUUUUAGCUUUAUAAGAUAAGACUAGGUAAAUAUAUCUGUAGUAUGAAUAAAGUCUGUAUAUACGUAUGAUAGUUACUUAUACGAUAAUUUAUUUGGAUCUACGUGACGAA